ACGUGCGGCAGCAAAGGAAGUAACGUCAGCCCGGACAGCAGAGGAUUCUUGCUGAGGCGCGGAGGUGCAGGCGUUUCUACAAGAUGUCUAACCUGCCCAUGAAACUCCUGCGCAAGAAGAUCGAGAAGCGGAACCUCAAGUUGCGGCGGCGAAACCUAAAGCUGCAGGGGACCUCAAAUGUGAACCUGUCAGUAACUCUAAAUGGAGAUGAGACUACUGAAGAAACAGUAGGAAGUAGAAAAGUUAAAAAAUCCUUAAAACAGUCUAUGAAAGUGGGCUCGUCAGAAACCCAAAAUGGAGACGUGUCUGAAGAAACAGUGGAAAAUGUAAAAGUAAAAAAAUCCCCCCAGAAAAGUACAUCUACCAUAUUAACCAAUGGACAAGCAGCAAUGCAGUCUCCCAAUUCAGAAUCAAAGAAGAAAAAGAAGAAGAAGAAGAAGAGAAAGAUGGUGAAUGAUGCUGGGCCUGAUGCAAAAAAACCAAAAACUGAAAACAAAGGGGAAUCUGAAGAAGAAAGUGCUGAGGCACAUGAAGGAACAGAAAACCGCGCGGGGGAGCCAGAGAAUGAGGAAGGUGGCGGUGAGGUCCCCAGCCUGCCCAUGGGACUGACAGGUGCUUUUGAGGAUACUUCAUUUGCUUCUUUAAAUGAUCUUGUCAAUGAAAAUACUUUGAAGGCAAUAAAAGAAAUGGGCUUUACAAACAUGACUGAAAUUCAACAUAAAAGUAUCAAGCCACUUCUGGAAGGCAGGGAUCUUCUAGCAGCUGCAAAAACAGGCAGUGGCAAAACUCUGGCUUUUCUUAUCCCUGCAGUGGAACUCAUUGUGAAGUUAAAGUUCAUGCCCAGGAAUGGAACGGGAGUCCUUAUCCUCUCACCAACUAGAGAACUGGCCAUGCAGACUUUUGGCGUUCUUAAGGAGCUGAUGACUCACCAUGUGCACACAUACGGCUUGGUAAUGGGUGGCAGUAACAGAUCUGCUGAAGCACAGAAACUCUCUAAUGGGAUCAACAUCAUUGUGGCCACCCCAGGUCGUCUCCUAGACCACAUGCAGAACACCCCUGGGUUUAUGUAUAAAAAUCUACAGUGUCUGGUUAUUGAUGAGGCUGAUCGUAUCUUGGAUGUUGGGUUUGAAGAAGAAUUAAAGCAGAUUAUUAAACUUCUGCCAACACGCAGACAGACAAUGCUCUUUUCUGCCACACAAACUCGAAAAGUUGAAGAUCUAGCAAGGAUUUCUCUGAAAAAGGAGCCAUUGUAUGUGGGUGUUGAUGAUGAUAAAACUAAUGCGACAGUGGAUGGUCUUGAGCAGGGAUAUGUUGUUUGUCCCUCUGAAAAGAGAUUCCUACUGCUCUUUACAUUCCUUAAGAAGAACCGAAAGAAGAAACUAAUGGUUUUCUUUUCAUCUUGUAAAUCCGUCAAAUACCACUACGAGUUGCUGAACUACAUUGAUUUGACUGUCUUGGCUAUUCAUGGGAAGCAGAAGCAAAAUAAGCGCACGACCACAUUCUUCCAGUUCUGCAAUGCAGAUUCAGGGAUUUUGUUAUGUACAGACGUGGCAGCAAGAGGGCUGGAUAUUCCUGAAGUUGACUGGAUUGUUCAGUACGACCCUCCAGAUGACCCUAAGGAAUACAUUCAUCGUGUAGGUAGAACAGCCAGAGGCCUGAAUGGAAGAGGUCAUGCUCUACUCAUUUUGCGCCCAGAAGAAUUGGGUUUCCUUCGUUACUUGAAGCAAUCCAAGGUUCCAUUAAGUGAAUUUGACUUUUCCUGGUCUAAAAUUUCUAACAUUCAGUCUCAGCUUGAACAAUUGAUUGAAAAGAACUACUUUCUUCAUAAGUCAGCCCAGGAAGCGUAUAAGUCCUACAUUCGCGCAUACGACUCCCAUUCUCUGAAACAGAUCUUCAAUGUACAUAACUUAAAUUUGCCUCAAGUUGCUCUGUCCUUUGGUUUCAAGGUGCCUCCUUUUGUUGACCUGAACGUGAGCAGCAAUGAAGGCAAGCAAAGAAAGAGAGGAGGUGGCGGCGGAUUUGGCUACCAGAAGACCAAGAAGGUUGAGAAGUCAAAAAUCUUUAAACACAUUAGCAAGAAAUCAUCUGACAGAAGGCAGUUCUCACACUGAAGACACAACUUCCUUUCAUCUGGAAUAGCUUUGUCCUGAAAUGCAAUUUUUUUUCUUGCUCUAACAAAGAAUUUUGUAGCCGUAGAAUUUGGACCUACGUAACAAGAAUAUGAAUUGACUUAGGUUGGAAGCACUGAGCACUGUGAUUUUUUUUUUCACUAAGUGUCUUUUAUUUUGGAGGCAUAAAACAGACUUUAAUAUUUCUUGGUUACCUAAGGGCAAGGCAAGCAUUUCUCUAGUGUUUUUGUGGUGAUAAUAUGCCAUUUUAAUUUUAAAUACACGCAAACUUACGUCAUUGUUUUAAUAUAAUUUUUUUGUUCCUU